AUGGUCUCUGAUCCUCGGCCUGUCGACCGUUCGUCUUCGCCAAUGCCAGAUGACCGAACAGGAGAAGACCUUUUGCGGAAGAUCGACGAACUUGAGAAGGAAUUGGCCAAAGCUGAAGCAGCUGCGGUAAACGAUGCGCAUCCUUCUCCCAGAAAUGGAAGCAGUGUUGCAAAUGUGAAUUCUUCCGCAUCCAAGAUGCCGGCUUCGCAGUCUCAGCCCGAUAACGGGCAUGAGAUCUCUACUCGGCGUCAGGUCUCACAAAGUCCCACUGGUCAGAGUGCUGCCUACUGCUUCGAUUGUCACCUUGCCCAUGUGGGCGGGAGUGGCUGUGCUAGCGAUGUCGAUGUCGAUGCCGAGAACUGGCCACGGCUCUUUGCCUCCCUCAGUUCGCUCGAAUUUGACCCGACUGAAGUUUUAUCAGGUAUGUCUAACAGCUAUGUGGACUGCUUGAGACACCUCAAGAUGCUCGACGACGACUUCUCUGGUAAGUUCGACGCUUUUUCGAGACGUCGCGAUUCGUUCAUGCUUGACAUGCUGGAAGCCCUCGGCCGAUGCGGUCUCGGCAAGUAUGUCGAGGAGCUCUCACCAUUUUACGUGGUUGCGAAUGCCCAGACACACUUGUUCAUCUCUCAGCUCAGAGAUAUUCUUGUCACUUUCUUCGAUCGCGAUGUCUGCCGUCCAGUAUGGCAUGCCAUAGCGAAAGAACCCCGCCCGCUGGGACUUUUCAUUGAGUCCCAGCGGCGGUUCGUUGUCAACUACAUAGUGGCCGCAGAAGAAAAUGGCUAUUUGCCCUUGCCUUCCAAAGCGGAACUGACACAAGCAGUCGAUCGGGUGUUCACGAAGAUCAGAGAUCUUUUUGAGCGCCACAUCGAUUUCAAGGAGUCCUUUCUGAAUAUGAUCGCGAACCACUUGACCCAUGGCAGUGAGGACUUACAAGCUAUUUCCUUACUUCCACUGUGCCUGAUGGUGGCAUACGAUUGUCUUCUGGAGCUGGAAUUGACGGGAGAUGAUGAACUUUCCGCAGUGUUUCCGGACAUUACGGAGAUUCACCAUGGCAUCCUUCCAGCGUAUCAGGAAUACAUGGCGGAGACUCCAGCACCAGCAAGUGGCUCGCUCGUCGACAAUGACACUUACGGAGGCGUCGUUGAGCGAGUCAGUGACGUUGACGAAGUCUCCGAAAGCGCAAUCAGCGAUACGCGGAUUGUCUCGAAGCGCAAUGACGAUCGCCUGGACGCCAGACCAGACGAUCGCAGAAAGCGAGCACGUUUCACGCAGGACCAAGUAGGUCCUGUUCGAGGUGAAGCAGGUCCGGAAGCGCAAUUCAGCGGUGAACCGCAGGAGACGACGCCUACGCCCGAGCAAGAUGACGUUAUGGAAGACGACAACGUCGCUAUCGACGACAGCAUCGACGACCUCCAAGUUAUGGAAGCCGAUCAUGCUGCACCGUCUAGAGCAGACAGAUUCCGGAGCCUUCUAUACCUUGCGUUCAACGCAUCGGAAGACGAGGAAGCUGCGCUAGCGAAAUCGCUGGCGGAUCUUUUCCGGAAACCGAUACUGAAUUCGCUACGGUCGGUGAGCGUAUGGACGAAUACUGCGACAAAGCUGCCGAGGUCAAUGGUCCGAUUGACCUCUGCUGGCGAGCACGCCUUGUGA